AUGCAAGCCAUUGCCAAGCUUCUGCAAGCUAGGCCUGGUGUGCAAGAGCUGGAGCAGAAGCUGUGUGCUUCCUUGCUCAAAAAGCUUGUGCUCAUGCCACCUAUUAGCAGUGCUGACCUGGUCAUGUGCUAUGAAAGCUUGAAGGAAGCCAACUUACCAGACAAGAUGAACCAUGAUGUCCUCAAGGCAUUGGAUAACUUGGCCACCACCGACACCCACAACAACAUAGUGGGCAAGUUGGCAUCCAGUGGUCAAGAGUGCAAGUAUUUCCACAAGUACCUUACCCAGAAGGACAAUGCUGACUUGCAAACAUGCUCUAUGUGGGAAGGAUGUUUGGUGAUUUCCAAGAGGCUCAAACUGCUGGGCAUCUGUGGCAUGAAGGAAAGUUUAAAGAAGGUUUGCUUGGGCAUUUUGGUGUGGCAUGAAAUGCAAAGGUGCAAGGCCCAGGCUCCAAGUGUCAGAGCUGUCUACAGCUUGGGGCAUGAUUUAGUCAAUUCUUUGCGGAAUUUGGCCUUGGAGGUCCCAGCCCAAGCUACUUGCUUAGCUUGCUACCCAGAGGACCCUGACCAGCUUCCAAAGGAUCACUUCAUGGCAUCUUACCAAAAUGAGCAGCCUGAGAAGAAAAACUACCCUCAGUUGGCUUUCAUCAUCCAAAAGCAUGUGAAGGACAAGGUGCCCAAGCACGAACCACCCAAGCAAGUUGAACCAUCAGCUUCUUCUUCUUCGAGCAGUAUGAAUGAUUUGCUGUGCCUGCUGGGUCAUUUCCACCAGGCUUCCAACUUGAUCCUUGGCACAGCUGGUGGGGCCAUGGACCUUGGGAACAAUGUUGGCGCCAAAGCUGGGGCCACUGUUGAAGCUAGUGCUGCUGGCCAAAAGCCAAUCAAUGACACUGCCCCUGCUCCAAGCCAAGUUGCUGCCAAAAAAAGCAGCAAUGAAUCUUUGGAAAAUGCUCAGGUUGUGGGGCAUUUGCCUGUGGAGAACAACCCCAAUGACAGGCCUGGCAAGACUUUGGAGGACUUUGAGAAGGAGAACUUUGCCAAACUUGAAGCAAGGGAGAAAGCAAAGAAGUGCCAUCCUACCCCAAAGGGAAAGGCCUUGAAGGUUCUCAAAAGGCCAGCCAGCCAAGCAUCCCAGACAAAAGUUGUCAAGGACAGGGAAGUGAAGAAGCCAUGCAGCACAAGUGCCAAAAGUGCAAAGGUACCUGGCAAACAGGUGUUGGGCUGCUCCAAGUGCAGAGGGCAGAGCUGUGUUCAGUGCAGAAACCCAGGUUUCAAGGGCCAGCUUUACACCAGGCAGCAGUGGAUCGCCAGAGCCAAAGUGCAAAAGCUUAAGUAG